AUGUGGCUCCUCCGCACCAAUGACGCAACAAUACACUACUUCCGCGUCCCGGAAGACGUGCCCAACGCAUACGCCAUCCUCUCUCACGUCUGGAGCACAGAUACCAACGACCGCGAGAUGACCUUCCAAGAGCUCGAAAAGCACUUGAAGAGCUGCGCUCAGUCUGGUGUCUCCUCUCGCGACACACUCCGAUCCGCGAAGCUCAAAGGCGUCCUCGCCUUCGCCGAGCAGGACGGCUACGAAUGGCUCUGGGCCGAUAUGUGCUGCAUCGACAAGACGAGCAGCGCGGAGCUCUCGGAGGCGAUCAACUCGAUGUACGACUACUACGCCAAAUCGGACGUCUGCUAUGCGUACCUCGACGACGUGCCACAGGACGCCCGGUCGACGGACCGAAGAGCAGCUAUCCCUUUUGGUUUGACUCUGACGACGAGUUGUAGCAGGUGGUUCGAUCGCGGUUGGACCCUGCAGGAGCUGCUCGCCCCCGCGACGGUCAUCUUCCUCGCCCACGACUUCACUCUGCUCGGUGACAGAGUCGGACUCGCGCUCGCGAUCGAGAAGCGGACGAGAAUUCGGCGACCCAUCUUGUACAUGGAGGAAGACGUGAAGACAGCGAGCGUCGCGCAGCGGAUGUCCUGGGCAGCGGACCGCGAGACAACUCGGACUGAAGACCGCGCGUACUCUCUCAUGGGCAUCUUCGGCAUCCACAUGACCCCGAUCUACGGCGAAGGAGAAAUCGCUUUCACACGCCUCCAGGAGGAGAUCUUGCGAACCACCAUAGACAUGUCCCUGUUCGCAUGGGGAUCUGCCUACGAGGAGCCGAUUCAGCUCAACGUUGGCACAAGUCUCACCGACCUCGACACCGACAUUGUGGACGCUACCAGCCGCUCCUGCGUGUACCACAAUGUCUACAACGACUAUCUUCUUCCGCGGUCCACGAACGACUUCAAGCACAGCUCCGAUUGCGUCUCUCGGGUUCUUCAUGUCGAACCUCUUGAACCCUAUGCUGUGAGUAUACCAUAG